AUGGAUUCUAUCCAGGAUCGUAUGAUCCGUCGUGCCCGCGACGUUGUGUCUGGCCUGGAAUCCUGCUGCGCCAGCAUCGACGCAAUCGGUGCCCCUUCACGUGAGGUGUCUACUGAUGGCACGAUUGUAUUAUCGGAAGACGAAUCUACGAUUAUUUGCAAGGAUGGAGGCGAGCUACUGGCGAGUUACAUGACCUACGUGUGCCGGGGGUGCGACGCCCAGGAGGCCCGACGUUUGAGCGCUGAAAUGUCGGAAUCUAUCCAAGCGCAGUUCCUCGUAGAGCGUGAUUGCAUGGCGUUGUAUUCAUCUGUUUUCGCUCGCUAUUUAAUGCAACAUCUUGAAGGCGACGUUGUAUCCGAGCCUCCACCUUACGACGGCACUCCAUGCCUGAGCAUCGCCGUAGAACCGCUGUUGCGUUACCGCCCUGCGCGGCUGGUAUUGUCCAUCCUCAGCGACUUCAGCAUCACCGACGGAACCGUGCGCCUGGAUUCGACGAAGCACGGUGCCUUGUUUUUGCGAAGAAUCGGUACUGUGGCGUGCGAAAGCUCGCCAUUGCAGCGUGAGGUGCACAUUAGGUAUAUAACCAAGCACCUUACCCUAUGUGGUCCUACCCGCACGGUGCCACUUGAGCACCUCAACUGUGCGCAGCCGUGGAUUGUUUACUGGUCGCUGCACAGCCUGCGUAUACUUGGGGUUGACAUAUCGCCGUACCGCGAACGUGCCAUCAACAGUUUGUUUGGCUGCUGGGAUAAAAAUGGCGGCGGCUUUGGCGGAGGGAGAGGUCAGAUCGGCCACUUGGCCACUACCUACGCCGCAAUAUGUUGCCUGAAGAUGCUGAAUGCGAUUCCAUUGUUGGACACGGGGAAGUUGCGCUCGUUCCUGUUCGCCAUGAAACAGUCCGACGGCAGCUUCACCGUCCACCGUGGCGGCGAGCGCGACGUGCGCGGCCUUUAUUGCGCCAUCGCAUCCGCUGUAAUGGCGGACAUAUUAGACGACGAACUGUCCGAGGGCGUCGCGGCUCGCGUCGCUGCAUGCCAAGGGUACGACGGUGGCAUUUCUGGCGAGCCGCUCUUGGAAUCCCACGCGGGUUACGUAUACUGUGGUACUGCUGCACUCAAGCUGUUGGGUCGAUUGGACUGCAUAGAUGUUGCACGGCUGCGUCGGUGGUGCCAUAUGCGCCAAACCCCCCAGCUGGGGUUCCAAGGGCGACCUCACAAGCUAGUUGACGUGUGCUAUGCGUUCUGGAUCGGCGGCACGCUUGCGUUGUUGAAUGACUCCGCUGACAAACCCUUCAACCUGAGCUUCUUGAUGUUGCGAGCCUACAUUCUCUGCAUUUCGCAGUGCCCCUCCGGCGGCUUCCGCGACAAGCCCGACAAGGCCGUCGACCUUUACCACACGUGCUACGCAUUAUCAGCUCUUGAUAUUAUAUCGCAACCUGCGGGGAAAUGCCGCAUAGACCUCGCCCUUAAUAUUAUAGUCUGA